AUGGAAAAUAUUAUGGCUGAACAAAUAUAUCAUGGGGAUAAAAUAUCGCUUGAUACCUUUAGAAAUGUUAGAAAACUAGAGCUUUUAGAUUAUACAGGGGGAGAUCAAACUGUUAAUUUUGUAGAUCCUACAAUACAAACAUCUUAUCAAAGAGAAAUAUCAGUAUUUUCGAAAAAUUUACCAAACCUAAAAUUAAUAUCAAAUGUAGAUACUAUGGCAGUUGACCUACAAAAUGGUUUUGAUUCAGAUUCUAUAGAAAAUUAUAAAGGAUAUUCAGAUAUAAAAAGUAGAAUAGAAAUAAAAUCUAAUGAUAUUAAUACUUGUGUUAGUCCAAAGAUACUGGACAAUGGAGCUAUAAUGAGUGUCAGAAAUUUAAAGUUUCAACUUUGUUUUUCAGAACUUACCGAUAAAAUUGAUUUGGCAAAUCUUUAUCCAAAUUUACAAACUAUUGAAAUUCUUUCAGAACUUUCAUUUAUACAUCAGCAAUUUCAAUUCUCUUCAGUACCAUCAAGUCUUUCAAUGUUUAAGAUGACAAACUCUAGCUUUGGUGCUUUGAUACACGCCUAUAAUCUUUUGAUCAAUGUUCCCACUGUAGAUAUUAGUUUUAAUCAAAUCGCUGACCAGGUUUUGCCGGUAUAUCCAAAUGAUAAGACAAAUGGUAUUUACUCAUUAGAUUUAAGAAAUAACAAGCUAACUGGUUCAUUGGAUCAAUCUUAUUGUAAAAUCAAUAAAUUAAUAAUCAUGGAUAACUCAUUAGAUGGAUUUACUAAUGUAGAUAUGACCUCCAUUCAAAAGUCUUGUUUUGGUAAAGUUAUUCCACGAUUAAGAAUAGAUGGUAACACUAAUAGAGUUUUUAUGGAGGGUCAAAAUUUGGGAUUUGAUCCAUCAAGAAUUACUACAAACCCACAAAUACAAUGGAGUUUAGAUUUAGCCUCCACCCGUUUAUCAAGUGAUUUCUCAAAAUAUAAAGACAUAUACACUUUAUUCAAAAUUAAAUUUGAAAUUCCAGAAUUAGAGUUUACUCUUAGAGCAACCCCAAUUCAAUUUAUAGUAACUGAAUAUACAAGUUUUUCUGCCAACUCAACUAUUAUUUUCAAAGGUUCCGAUUUUACAUAUGAUAUAUUAACUACUAAAGUCGUUGUUGACAAUUAUGACUGCGAUGUUUCAUCUACCACCUUUUCGACAUUGGUAUGUACGAUAUCUGACCCUGCUUUUGAUGGUAAAACCAAAGACUUAUCAGGUUUAAUAACAAAUAUUACUAUAACCAAACCUGAUAAAAGUAUUUUCUAUCUCCAAUUUACCACAAGUUUUAGUUCAACUGGGCCAUUAACUGUUCAGGUUAUUCCUUGUCCAAAUCAAUGUAGCCAAAAUGGUAUUUGCUAUUCAAAUGGAGAAUGUAAAUGUAAUCUAAUCACAUAUGACAAAGAUUGUAAACAAGGAACUGAUUGUGAUGGUUCGUGUAAUUCAGGUCAUUGUGAUUAUAAAUUUGGCACAUGUGUUUGCCCACCCAAUUGGACCGGUCCUUAUUGUUUAAUACCAGUUCAUUCUGUAAGCUCUAUUGAACCUUGCACAACUUUAGGUGGUAAUAUAACUAUUCAUGGUUGGUUUAGCACACAACAUGAAAAAUUAACAGUUAAAAUUGGAUCAUUAGAUUGCGAAAAACCUUAUGCAAACGAAACUACUAUCCAAUGUGUUUUGGGUGCAGGAAGUGGUACCAAAGAUUUAAAUAUAACCCAAAAUGGUAUAGUUUUAUUUUCAAAAAACAAAUUCCAAUAUAUUAUCCAAGUCCACGAGUGUCCAAAUAAUUGCACAUCAUCUAGAAAUGGAGUAUGUGAUUCAUCUACAGGUAUAUGUAAUUGUUUUAACCAAUGGUCAGGUUACGAUUGCUCACUACUUAAACAAACCAAUAAUACUGGAAGCACUAGCGGAGGAGGUAGUAAUGUCCCAGGCUCAACAACAACAGUAGGUCAAGGUGGUACAACAGUUAUUACCAAUCAAGACACCAAUUAUGAAAUCUCAAUCAUAUCAUUAGUAGAGUUUGAUAUAACCGGAAAGGAAAUUAAAACCUUUGAUUUAAAGAAACAAUGGAAUGUAACGGUAAAUAGAGAAAAGAAUCUAUACACAUUCACCCAAAAUUUAACAGACUCAAAAUGUAUUAUUACUUAUACGGUCGAGGAAGUAAAAACUGGGUCAAAAGAUUUUGAAUUUGCAGGUAUUAAAUUUUCAAUAGAUCAAGGUGGCAUCAAGCUUGCUGUAAAUAUUUCAAAUUAUCAAUAUACAAGUUCAUUAAAUUCAUUGCAACUAAGAAUCCUCUCUGAAACUGUAGAAUCUGGGUCAGGUGAAUGUAAUCAAGUUAAAUCAGAGUCUGAUGUUUCAAAUGUAGAUCCAAAUCAAACAUUAAACUAUAUUAGUUUAAAAAAAAAUAAUAAGCAAAUGAAUGGUAGAUUUAUUAACAAAGUUGUUUCAGAUAAUAGAGUAACUUAUAUGUCAACAGAAGUGGUUAAAGAAUUAUCAAAUUCAACAAAUAUUGUUAUGGGUUUAAAUUUACCAAAUUGUCUCGAAUGUUUAAUUGAUCCAGACUUUUCACUUUUAGUAUCACCAAACUAUAAAUCAGAAUGUGACUCCAAAUCAAAUUGGUUUUUACCUGUUGUAAUCGCAGUUCCAGUUGGUGGUUUUGCAGUUAUAUUAAUAACUAGUAUUAUUUUAUAUAAAAAAUAUAAAUAUUCAAUUAAAUUACUUAUGAACUCUUCAAUUAAGAUGAAAGAAAAAAAUUAA